UCUUCCCAUGAAGAUCAGGGUGACCUGGACCUCACAUUGGCGACCUUCCCUCCGAUGAGAAGAAGCAAUCAACAGCUCUGAUGAGGAUGCCAGGCUCUGAUUCCAGCAAAGGAGAGCCUGAUUGCCUUGAAGACAAGCAGGGUAAAGGAACUGGAAAGAGAAGCAAAGUUUACCUUAUUGCCAAGGAGAUCAUGAGCUCUGAAAAAGUGUUUGUGGACGUGUUGAAACUUUUGCAUAUCGAUUUCCGGGAUGCAGUAGCCCAGGCCUCCAGGCAGCUUGGAAAGCCAGUGAUUGAGGACAGAAUCCUAAAUCAGAUCCUGUACUACUUGCCUCAGCUGUAUGAACUCAAUCGAGAUCUCCUGAAAGAAUUGGAAGAAAGGAUGCUGAACUGGAUUGAGCAGCAGAGGAUAGCCGAUAUAUUUGUAAAGAAGGGGCCGUACCUUAAAAUGUAUUCCACAUACAUAAAGGAAUUUGACAAGAAUGUAGCUCUUCUGGAUGAGCAGUGUAAGAAGAAUGCUGGCUUUGCUGCUGUGGUUAAAGAUUUUGAGAUGAGCCCGAGGUGCGCCAACCUGGCAAUCAAACAUUACCUGCUCAAGCCCGUCCAGAGGAUCCCCCAGUACAGGCUGCUCCUGACAGAUUAUUUAAAGAAUCUUUUGGAAGAUUCUGCAGAUUACAGGGAUACUCAAGAUGCCCUUGCUGUUGUCAUAGAGGUCGCCAACCAUGCCAAUGACAUCAUGAAGCAGGGAGACAACUUUCAGAAGCUCAUGCAGAUUCAGUACAGCUUAAGUGGACAUCAUGAGAUAGUACAGCCAGGAAGGGUUUUUCUGAAAGAAGGAACCCUGAUGAAAGUGUCCCGGAAGGUCAUGCAGCCAAGGAUGUUUUUUCUGUUUAAUGAUGCUCUCUUGUACACAACACCUGUGCAGUCUGGGAUGUAUAAACUCAACAACAUGCUUUCUUUGGCUGGAAUGAAGGUCAGAAAACCAACCCAGGAAGCUUACCAGAAUGAGCUGAAGAUUGAAAGUGUGGAACGUUCCUUCAUUCUCUCAGCCAGCUCUGCUACAGAAAGGGAUGAAUGGCUAGAAGCAAUCUCCCGGUCAAUUGAAGAAUACGCCAAGAAGAAAAUCACAUUCUGCCCCUCCAAAAGUCUCGAUGAGACGGACUCGGACAAGAAGGAGGAGAUGAGUCCCCUGGGCUCAAAGGCUCCCAUCUGGAUUCCUGACACUAGGGCUACCAUGUGCAUGGUGUGUACAAGUGAAUUCACACUCACCUGGAGGAGGCACCAUUGUCGGGCUUGUGGCAAGAUUGUCUGUCAAGCUUGUUCAUCAAAUAAGUAUGGUUUAGAUUACCUGAAAAACCAGCCAGCAAGAGUCUGUGAACACUGCUUCAAAGAAUUGCAGAAACUAGAUCACCAGAAUUCAUCCAGGACCGGGUCCCCAGCAAAUCACAAAUCUUCUUCAAGUGCCUUGUCUUCAGUCUUGCAUAGUAUUCCAUCUGGAAGGAAACAAAAAAAAAUCCCAGCUGCCCUCAAAGAAGUGUCAGCAAACACAGAAGAUUCUACCAUGAGUGGCUACCUGUACAGAUCCAAGGGCAGUAAGAAGCCAUGGAAACAUUUUUGGUUCGUGAUAAAAAAUAAAGUGCUCUACACGUAUGCAGCGAGUGAGGAUGUCGCAGCCUUGGAAAGUCAGCCAUUAUUGGGAUUCACUGUUGCUGAAGUUCAAGAUGAAAACUCACAGUCUAAAGUCUUCCAGCUACUGCAUAAAAAUAUCCUGUUUUACAUGUUCAAAGCGGAUGAUGCUCAUUCAGCUCAGAAGUGGAUAGAAGCGUUUCAGGAAGGCACAGUACUGUAGCACCAUCUAUUUCAUCUCCUUUUUUACGGUUCCGGAGGACUAGAACUUCAUCAGAAGUCAUGAAAUCAGAAAUCGAUACAAUCGCGCACUGCCAAGAGAAAAUCUGACGCAGUUGUAUGUUUAUCUGACUUAGGGAGUUGUCUUUUAGUCAUGUUAAUAUUUCUUUAAAAGAGAUUGUAUACUUGUUAGGGGUUUUUUUUUCAUACAAAGUGUUAUUUAUUAAAUUUUUGUUGUUUACUUUAUGGUCAGAAUUAUUUCUGAGGCUCACACUGAAUUCCAAAGUGUCUUUGUCUUCAGAAGAAUAGAUAACAUAUCAGAAGUGUACUAUAGUGAUAACUAUUGUGACACGGCCCAUGUUACUUUUAGUGAUAACACUAUGACCAGCAGACAUUCUUUGUAUCCAAAGUUUGGCUGCCAACAUCAGUUUUCUGUGAGUUGCUUAAUUUAGAAAUAGUGAAUAUUUUUAAAUGGCUAAAGAAAAAGAUAUGCAACAUUAGUCUCGAUGGAGUAAUCCCAAAUAUAUCUUUAUAUUUUAUAAUGGGGGCUUAACACCCCUCCCAAAUAACAUAUAGCCAAGCUUCUACCUCAGGGACACUCUGGGAUUAAGUUCCAAUAAGUUAUCAGAAUAUCACAACUACUUCUGUCCUGUACUUCUGUUCUUGAUGGGGAAGGGAUAUAAGAUCAGGUAGCCACAGGAUAGAAGCCUAAUUUUUUCUUAUUGAACUGUGUCAGGAUGAAGAAUCUGCAGUUAAUCCUUAAAAAAAAAAACAGCUUUUCCAGCCAGAUGUGCAAGAACAGUCAACCCCAAUAGGCUUUAAAAUAAUGGUCAUUGGGGCAGCUAGGUGGCACAGUGGAUAAUGCACUGGCCCUGGAUUCAGGAAACCUGAGUUCAAAUGUGGCCUCACACACUUGACACUUACUAGCUGUGUAACCCUGGGCAAGUCACUUAACCCCCAUUGCCCUGCAAAAAAAAAAAAAAAAAAGGUCCAUCCUCUACUAAUAAAGGAUAAUUUCAGCAUGGCUUUCAGUCUUUUUUUACAUGAAAAAAAAAAUCUCUUCAGAGCCUGAAAGUUCUUAAGGAAAAAAAAGGGCAUAUCUGGGAUGCUUCUGUGAAAACAAAAGAGGUCAAUAAGACUUGUUAAAGGAUUCCGGGAAGGGGUUAAAGAAUUUAUUUCUGCCUAUAAGGAGAAAAGCAAAAUAUUGCACAUAGGUUGCCAACAGCAUUUGCUUGAUUGUAUAGUUGGCAAGAGUUCAGAGCCCAGGUUGAUCUUGCUUUUUGUGUCUCAAGCAAAUGUUGCACUAAAGUUCACAUUGGCCCUCGAGGAAUUUAUUUUAACUGAAAUGACCAUAUCAAAAAAGAAUGGAUUCUUAGCCAGGGUUUACCAAAACUGCAUCGUUGUUAUCUUUUUUUUUUUAAGUUUGUUUACACUUUUGAAUAUUAUUUUGUCAUUCAGCCACUUUCCAGUCGUAUUCCAACUCUUCAUGACCCCACUUGGGGUUUUCUUGGCAGGGAUACUGGAGUGGUUUGCCAUUUCCUUCUCCAGCUCAUUUUACAUAUUUACAUAUGAGGAAACUGAAGCAAAGAGGGUUGCAUGACUUGCCCAGGGUCAAGGCAAGCUGUAAACUCAGGUCCUCCUGACUCCAUACCCAACACUAUGUCUACUUCUAUCUACUAUUGUACCACCUAGCUACACUUCAAUAUGAUACCUAAAAAGAAAUUCAUCACUAAGUGGAGGCAGUGCCUUGGAUCCUCGUGAUGGUGGGUCUUGGACUACCCUGUGUGACCUUGGAAAUGAGCAGGAGAAAAAAAUGGAAUUCUCACUGUGACCCACAUCCAACAUGAACCAUGCACCACAGGGAACCUUUUUUUUUUUCCUUCUUUAAAGCAAGAUUCCAGUUAAAUUUCUCAGCCUCUUCAGAAGAUGAUUUUCCACUUCUUCUCAUGGAGAUAUUCAUCAGGAUGACAGGUUUUUUUUACCGUUUGCUAUAGCUCAGCAUGUUCUGGGGUUGUUCCACAUGGGCUUUGCUUAUGGAGCACCAUGGGUGGACCUCUGGGACCGACUCGUCCAGUCUGAAUUCAGCCAGGCAAACAUUUCAGGUCUUCUUGCCUCUGUCACACAAUGCAACUAGCAAGUCCUUAAACGUCCUUAGAUGCUGACCCCAGGAGUG